UUUACACAUCGAAGGAAAAGCUCACUUACGAAUUGGAGGAGCCUCAUGUCGUCCAUUGCAUUUGGAAGUCUUUUGCUAAACAAUACUCAUGUUUUCGUUCAAAUGCUCAUAGCUACUAUUCAAAAAAUAAAAAAGAAGGUGGUGUGUCACUAGCUAGGCAACGUGUUUAUGACAAACUUAUCACUCGUCCUGAUGAUUGGCUUUGGUUGUGUGACUUUUGGGAGACUGCAAAGUUUACGGUAUAUAUUUUUAAUUUAUGUCAUUUUAGUGCAUAUGGCAAAAGAUCAUCUAAUUAUUUUUUUUUUUUAUUAUAAACAUUUGCAGAAAAUUUCAGAGACUCAGUCUAACAAUAGAGAUAAACUAAAGAAUCAUCAUAAAUUGGGCACCAAAUCUCGUGCGGCACAUCAAUUUGAGAAUAGUUUGGACGACAUUGAUAUGUAUGAAGCUGAAUAUCGCAAUGGAAAAAAUGGAUGGGCCAGCGAAGUUGUUGAGGCUAAUAGUGCGAAAAUGAAAGCAUUAAGAGAAGAACAAAGAGCUUUGCCAGAUGGUGUCGAUCGCAUGAGCACAGAACAAAUUUGUAUCACCGUUCUCGGAGAAAAUUCAUCUUAUGCCAAAUGCAAAGGCCUUAAUAGAAAAUCAUCUCGUAGUGAUGUUUGUUCAAGUUUUGAAUCAUCUAGUAGUCGAGCACGAUUAGAGGAAGAGUUAGUGAGCACACAAGCUGAGUUAUCAAAUACUAAAGUUGAGUUAUCUAGUCAAAAGACUACAGUAGAAGCUCUUGUGAAAUGUGUUGAAAACUUGACUGGAAAAAGCUUAUCUGAGAUAAUCAAUCUCCCUAAAUGAUCAUAAGUGAUAAGUGGAUUGAGGUGGACAAUUGAUGAUAUGUGCACUGUUAAAAUAUAGAAAUGAUGCGAGUAUUUGAUUAUAGACGAUGUUUAUUCCUUGAGUUCUUUUAGUUUUUAUAUUUGUUUUUCAAUUUAUAGGGGUUAUUUUCAUUGCUUUAGAUAUGAAUUAUGGUGUUUCUUUCCUUUCUUUUUUUAAUGGUUUUUUCAUCAGGAACACUUAAUGUGUAGUUUGAUUUCCUUAUUAAAACUAUAAGUAUGGUAUUUUUAUUCAAUUUAAACAUCACGAAUAAGCAUGAUAAAUUACCUGUACAUAUAUAUCAAUAUCUGAAGCAUGUUGUUCGUGGGUAAAUGGUCU